AUGUCAUCAAUUAAGACAACAGUAAAAACGGAAGCUUGCUCCUUUAGCGAAUAUAGGAUAUAUCCGGGCAGAGGACAGAAAUUUAUUGCAAGGGAUGGAAAAGUAUACUUUUAUUUGUCCUCAAAGUUCGCUUCCCUGGCAUUGCAGAAAAAGAAAGCGGCAAAAUUAAGAUGGACACAGACGUGGAGAAGAAAUAACAAAAAAACAAAAAUAGAAACAACGCAAAGGAGAAGAUAUAAAAAAACAGUAAAAGUACAAAAGGCUGUUUGCGGAUUAACUGUUGAGGAUAUUAGAAACAGAAAAGCGUACGUCCAGAGCAUUGAAGCAAAAAACAAAUCACGCUUUGCAGCAAAGGAUAAGGAUGAUAAGAAAAAAGGAAAAGACGAUAAAAAGAAAAAUAUCGUACAUCUUCAACAAAAAAAAGAUUUUUCAUCGAAGACUAAACAAAUGAACAUGGCUAAAACAAAAAUGCAUAAAAUGAUGAAGAAAUAA